AUGUCUAGCCUUCCAUCAACUAUUCGUACUCUCUCCCAACCCGACCCAAACAAGGCCGAGGUCAUACUCACCACCGUUCCUCUCCCCACAAUUACCCCAGAUUCCAAUGAGCAUCUGAUCAAAGUCCACGCUACCUCUCCUUGUGCGGGCGAACUUCUCUGGCCUUCUUUUGCGCUAAGCUACUACGGGAAGGAUCCCAAAAUCGUCCCCUGUUACGACCUUUCGGGAGUCGUUGUAAAAGCUCCUGCAAACUCCCCAUUUCCUGCGGGAUCUGAGAUUUGGGGCCGAACGGCUGUUUCUCAUUCCGGCAAUGCACGAGAGUAUACGGUUGCUUACACGGAGGAGCUUGCGCUCCGGCCAAAGUCUCUUGACCCUGUAGAGGCGGCUAGUGUCCCACUUAGUGCUAUUACCGCCUUCCAAGCACUUUUUGACCAAGGUGGCCUUGCGGGAUUCGAUGCAGGCGAAGAAGGAAGGAAGGCGAAUGCCUCGAAAAGAAUUCUUGUCAUAGCCGCCAGCGGUGGAGUUGGUGUUUGGUUGCUCCAACUUGCCAGAGAAGCUGGUGUUGGCGGUAUUGUUGGGGUUUGCGGUACUCCAAACGUGGAAUUGGUUAAAGAGCUUGGAGCCACUGAGGUUAUCGACUAUAAAAAACAAAGUUUGAAUGAAUGGAUCGCAGAAGAUGAGAGCCGAAAGGUGGAUUUGGUUAUUGAUUGCAAGGGCGGUGAGUCUUUGGCGCAAUCAUGGAACUGUGUAAAAGAUGGAGGGAAACUCAUUUCCAUUGUGGAGCCUACGGAGCCGAGAAAACCUGAGGGUUGCACCGCUAAGGAUGUUACGAACUACUUCUUCAUUAUGGAGCCCAGAGGAUCUGAUAUUCUACACGUUGGUAAAUUCCUCGAAGAAGGGAAAGUAAGGAUGGUGAUUGACAGCACGUUUUCUUUGGAUGAUUAUCAAAAAGCUUUUGACAGACUUGGCCGUUCGACUGGGAAGGUUUUGAUCAAAGUAUAA